UACGCUCAUUUUACACCGCGCGUUUGCCGUAGACGUUGCUAAUCCUUACGUUCGCUUUUGGUUACGACUCUGACGCGAAAGACGCGCUGUGUGACUUUCUCCUUUCGGCGUUUAACUUCCGUUUUUAAAAGUAUCUACGCCGAGAUGGACUCGGUCGUUUGUAAAAUCGUUGUUUUGGAGUCCAAGCACGAACGCGCCCUGAAACCCAGAAGAUCGUUCGAUGACAACUUCAAGUCUACCAAGACCGGGAGCAUCAAGCGAUGUCUGUUUGGAGUUCCAGAUCCCUGUGAUACUGAUAAGAUGGUCCAGGAACAGUUGGAGACUGAUAGGAAGAGGUUCAUCGAUAGGUUUGGGAUUGAUUUGAAGGAAGUUGAAAGGGUAGAAACUGUCAAGGAUGAAGAAGAGGUGGAGGUUGAUGAGAAUUCGUGUCCGCAGAAUAAGAGGAGGAGGAUUUUGAGAGGGUUGAGGAAAAUGUUGAGACCUGUCAUUUGCAGCAGUAGCAGUAGUCGGAGUCCAGGUAUGAUCACCGAUGUCUACCAAACGAAAAAGGCCGUGCAAUCCGGAGAUACCUCAGGAAAUGAAAAAUCACAUUGCCAAUAGUAUGGGUAGUGAUAUUUCUUUCACGUUUUUUCAAAGUAGUUUUUUAGUAGUGUUGAAAUCGAAAAGCGUUGUCAACCUAGCUUCGAAAAUAUGAUUUUCUUCAAUUAUCAAGCCUGUAUGAUCUUAAUGAAAAUUUUUCUAUGCUACAUCUUGGUUCUCAAUAUCACUGAAUUUUGAUUAAUUUUAUAAAUGUAGAUUGAAAAUGUUUUACAAUGUCUACUGAAUGUCUACUUUGACAAAAAAUGUUAUUAUACAGAAAUGUAUUAUUGAAAAGACUGUAUAUGUGUAGAGAACAGCGUAAUGUCCAAAGUUAUUUAAAAUUAUAUAACAUUAACGCUUAUUUAUUUUGUAUAUAUUGUAAUAUAUUCUGUGUCAUAUUUUAUGUAUAAAAUCGAAUUUUAUACAAUUUCUGUAAAUAUUAUCCAAACUAUAGUAAUGACG